AAAUAAGAUCUUCACUUUGGUUUAGCCUUUCUUUUUAGCCUUAAUUCAUCACUUUCAAGAUAAAAAACACAACACCCCAUACAUGCUGCAAAUGGAAGUAAGAAGGCACAGAAGAAAGACCUUCGGGGACUCCUGAACCGCGUUUAGAGAAAGCCAGUAAGCUCCCAUCGGAGGAGACCGGGACGGGACUCGGAGAGCGAGUGAGGGAGGAGAAGAGAACAUCGGCCCGGUUUAACGAGCCAGGAAAAAAUAGCGGGACAAGAAUGGCUUCAAAACGGACACCGAGAUGGUUUUGAUUCUCCUAAACGUAUAAGUAAAACACCAGUAAGGUGCCGGAUCGUGAAUACGCAUCCAACAGGAAAGCUACGGACAUGGCGGACACAGCGCCGAAGAAACGCCAGUAUAGCGAGGCAAAACGCCAGGCGGACAAAGCUCGCUCCAAAACGAGAGUGAAUCUGGGUCUGGCGUUCAGCCGCUGGAGGGAAAUGAAGCAGAGCCUGGGGAUGAGGAGCGACGCGGAGUUUGCCUUCUUUCUCAUGGACAGUUAUCUUUGGCCCAAGCCAGAGAAGCGACCUGAACGACCAGCACUUGAAAGAAGUUCUUCAACUGAAACCUGUCAAACUGCAGAUUAUGAAAACCCACUGAUGAUGAGUUCACCAAGUGAAGUUGAGGAAGAAACUUGUGCUGCAUCUUCUGUCCAGUCAUCAGAAAAUGGAAAGGAGUCAGGGAUAAAAGAUGCUGCUUGUCAAAGAUUGAAAUGUCAGAACGAGUGGAUGCCAACUAACCAGUCAGAAAACAAAGACAACAGAGUGGAUCCACACACGGAUAUUCAAGAAGACAAGGAUGAAGAAUUCAGCGCCUCAUUAACUGUGGGAGAUGGAUGCUACCUGGUGGAUUUGGGGAGCUCCUCAGAGUUCAUCGUUGAUGAAGAGUGCAUCCUUCAGCUGUUCAAGUCGUGCCGGCAGUGUCACAGACAAUGUACAGUUAGGAAACACGUCAGAGGACUAAAGCUCGUGGUUCACCAGACGUGCUGUUUCUGUCAGAGCCACAGUCAAUGGACAAACCUGCCAGACGACGACGACGGUGAUUUCCAGAUAAAUGGAAAAGAUGCAGCAUGUGAACGGAACAACUCGGCAACUCGGUCACCAAGCAGUAAUAUUAGCUGAGAUAUUGUCACGUCUGAAAUGACGCUCUAACAGACACUGGUUAAAAUUUUUAUUUUUCAGUUUUUUUAGACAGUGUAUUGAGCAUCGGUCCUUGUGGUAUUCUGUUGCCUCUGUGUAGUUGUUUGCGGCUGUUAUUUCUUGAUGCCACCACAUACAUCAAGGAGCCACCUGAUGAAAGUAAAAGGGUGGUUGUCCCAGUUUGCCACAUUUCUUUGUUAGAGGAUACCUGCAAUAUUUUUUAAGAUGGAAACUAUUUACACAUUUUUGUGUCUAAGUGACUAAUGGGGUCAACAGUUUUUGAAACUGCAGCUGCAGUGGUAUCAUUCAAUUCCCCCAGAGAAUUGUGCACUGUCAAAGUGAUUGUUUACGCCACUAAAGUAGUUAUUCUAAGUGCCUCCACAGAGACCGUUUUGUUAAAGAAUAACAUCCUUUUUGUUUAAUAAGAAACAGCCAGUAUCGCUCUCGCCAAAGCCAUCAAACUCACUGCAGAAACAGUAGUUAUGUCACUGUGGAACAGACUUCAUUCAAAUCGGACAGAAACAGUUAUUUAUAAUGUGAAUAACCGGGAGGGGAACCAGAGGGACGGUGGACAUCAGGGAAGAUUGUUGGAACAAUCAUGGGAGUUUUUACCUUAGUUUUAUUUUGUUUUUGUCUGGUUUAUUUAAGUUACCCCGCACCAAUCCAAAGACAUAUUGUCCAGUUACUAUCUACUAGUAGACCAGGUGACCCGAUCGGAAAUCUGGUGCACCGGACGUGAUGUCAUCUCGCUGUGUUAAACAAAUAUGGCGCCUUUAGCGCCGCUAAAAUCAAUUAUUGCCCAUUGUUAGCACACUCAACCGUUAAGAAGAGCGUUAGACGAGAGGAGGAGCAGCGACAAUAAGCAUACAGUGAUCAAACUAUGCAGUAAGACAAGAAUAUCCCUCGCUGCUGCACUUACAAGGUGACAAAAUGGUGCCGCAGUUAUCUUCAGACCAAGUCAGAGAGACUACCUGAACGGCCAGUCCUUAAAAGUUCAUGAGCUCAAACCUGGUGGUUUACCUUAUGGAUUUCGAAAAUCCGUUUAUGAUGAGUUCGCCAAGUGAAGCUGAGCAGGAAGCUUGUGCUGCUCCGUCUGUCCAGGCAUCUGAAAACGAAAAGGAGUCAGUGAAACAAGAUGCUGCUUGGCAAAGAUUGAAAAGUCAAAAUGAGUGUACGACAACUAACCAGUCAGAAAAUGGAGACAUUCAAGAAGACGAGGAUGAAGAAUUCAGCAUUUCAGUAAGUGUGGGGGAUGGACGCUACCUGGUGGAUUUGGGCAGCUCCUCAGAGUUCAUCGUUGAUGAAGAGUGCAUCCUUCAGCUGUUCAAGUCGUGCCGGCAGUGCCACAGACAAUGUACAGUUAGGAAACACGUCAGAGGACUAAAGCUCGUGGUUCACCAGACGUGCUGCUUCUGUCAGAGCCACAGUCAAUGGACAAACCUGCCAGACGACGACGAUGGUGAUUUCCAGGUAAAUGGAAAAGAUGCAGCAUGUGAACAGAACAACUCGGCAACGUCACCAAACAGUAAUAAUGGCUGAGACGAUCUCAUAUAUAUGGAGGUGAUUAGGUUUGCCAUGUGAUUGGAUCUCACUAGUUGUUAAUGCUGUCUGUACAACAAAAACUGUAUUCUGGGGGGGGGGGGGGGGAUGCAGAGCAAGUUGAAAAGUCAUCCAGCUACAUGAAGCAAGCAGCCAGUACUGAACAUGUGAGUCACGAUAAUUAAAAAAUGGAUAACCUUU